AUGAUAGCUGGCCAGGUUUUAGAUAUUAAUCUGGCUGCAGAGCCAAAAGUGAACAGAGGAAAAGCAGGUGUGAAACGAUCUGCAGCGGAGAUGUACUGGUCAGUACCAGAACACCCUUCUCCGCCCCCUCUACUCAGCUCUUCUUUUGACUUGGACUAUGACUUUCAGCGGGAUUAUUAUGACAGGAUGUACAGCUAUCCAGCAUGUGUUCCUCCUCCUCCUCCUAUUGCGGGGGCUGUAGUGCCCUCAAAACGCCAGCGUGUAUCAGGAAACACCUCAAGGAGGGGCAAAAGUGGCUUCAAUUCUAAAAGUGGGGGAUCUUCUUCCAAGUCUGAAGAAUUGAAAGGAGAUGACCUUCAGACCAUUAAGAAGGAGUUGACCCAGAUUAAACAAAAAGUGGAUUCUCUACUGGAAAGCCUGGACAAAAUUGAAGAGGAGCAAAGCAAACAAGGAGUAGAGAUGAAGAAUGACAAAUCCAAAGAGAAGCAGAGCAGCAGCUCAAUGAAGAAAGAUGAGAUUAAUGUGAAGAUGGAGUCUGAGGGGGUUGCAGAUGACUCUGCUGAGAAGGGGGACCUACUGGAUGAUGAUAAUAAUGAAGAUCGGGGCAAUGACCAGCUGGAGUUGAUCAAGGAUGAUGAAAAAGAGGCUGAGGAAGGAGAGGAUGACUCUUAA